AUGAUACUGAGGAGCAUCGCAGCGCGCAGUGCCCCCCGGGCGCUCGCACGACACUCCCGCCAGCCGCUCCGCCCGCUGCAGCGAUUUCUCUCCACCGAGACCGAGUCGAUCGAGGCCGCUACCGACAACAGUCUCAAGCAGAUCCAGUCGAUAGAGGCCCAGCUCAACACCCACCUCCAGCAGCCCAUCCCCUCCGUCGACCCCGAGACCCAUGGCACCUCCGAGUCCGCCUCCGACGAUGUCGCUGAGCAGUACUACAUGUACAAGCAGCAGUCCAAGCAGAUGGGACAUCUAGGAACUCAGAUCGAGCCGCACUACCAACCGCACUCCCUCCUGAACCACCCCCCAUCGCCCGCCGACGUGACCCUCGAACUGCUCCUCGCCUCCGAGGCCCACCAAGGCCAUGUCACUUCCCUAUGGAACCCCGCAAACGCACGCUACAUCCACGGCAUACGGCAAGGCGUCCACAUCAUCUCGCUCGAAGUCACUGCAGCCCACUUGCGGCGGUCCGCCAAGGUCGUGCAGGAAGUUGCGCGGCGGGGAGGCAUGAUCUUGUUCGUGGGCACGCGCGACGGGCAGGAUAGGGCAGUAGCACGCGCUGCGGAGCUAGCCAAAGGAUACCACCUGUUCGAGCGCUGGAUCCCAGGAAGCAUCACCAACGGCCAGCAAAUUCUCGGCAGGUGCAAGACCAAGGUCGUGAAUGAGUUCGACGAGGAGGUCUCCGGCUUCGAAGAGCAGCUCUUCGACCGAUCUGUCCUCCGGCCCGACCUGGUCGUCUGCAUGAAUCCCCUCGAGAACUACGUCCUGCUGCACGAGUGUGCGCUGAACAACAUUCCCACCAUCGGCGUCAUUGACACCAACGCGGACCCCACCUGGGUCACGUACCCCAUCCCUGCCAACGACGACAGUCUACGCUGCAUACAAGUCAUCGCUGGCGUCCUAGGUCGUGCCGGAGAAACCGGCCAAAAGCAACGGCUUGCGGCCGCCGCUGAAGGCCGCAUCACCUACCGCCCAGCACAAGGCUUGACAUUAACCAGCACAGAUGUGGAUGCCAAGAGUGCAGAAAGCGUGAGACCCGAACGCAGAUCUGUAGGACGGAUGGGUACGAAUGUCCCCCUGGAGCAAGUCGACGAAGCAGCGGGACCGAUAGACACGGGCUUAGAGGAUGCCAAUGAAAUGGCCACCAAACUGGACGAAGUGGCCAACCACGAGAGCCAUCGGACGAGAGAAGGCAGAGAUCUUAAAGUCACCUCAUAG